AAAAUUUGAAAAUAAUCAAGGACAGUUAGCGGAAUCAGCAGGAAGAUUUCAAACCGAGAAAAGUAAAUCAUUUACUAUUUCAGCGAAUUAUCUUAAAAAAGUAAACAUGUAAUCUCGAAAAAAAUCAAUUUUGUCCAAAUAAAAACAUCGGUCUUGAAUAAAUGCUUGAUAAAAAGUAAUAAUUAUGGAAUAAAUGCCUAAAUGCGGUAUGCUAUUCUUUGGAUCAGAUGAACAUUUUUUUGUUAUGUUUGUUAUGUUAUACUUGGAUCUGAAUGUAAAAAAUUAAAACUCAUGUCAAAGAACAAAUUGUUUUGAUACUUUGGUAUCGCGAGAGCAAGUGAUACUCUUACCUUGUAAUAACGAACUUUCCAGGCAAAGAAACUGACCGGUUUCAAAGUUCUUCAUAUUGGAUUCUUGUGAUGUGAAUUGUCUAUUUAACAAACCAACAAUUUCAAGGCUCGGAACCAGAUAUUACGAGGUAUAAGCAUUCAUUCCCUUAAUUCACUGAAAUUUCGGGAAAUUUGAUCCGUUUACAACAGUUCCACAGUUCUGUGUUCAGAAGAUAAAGAAGGAAAACAAGAUAUAGCAACUCUUGAAUUUUGACAUGGAUGAUAUUAAUCGAUUGACCUUUGUAUAUGAGUGAGUUGACUGUGUUGCCCUCUUAUUUAAGAGUGUCCUGUUAAUUAGUGACGUAACCUAAAAUGUACACACUGUUACAGGAGAAGAAGAAGGUACAGUAUAGCAUUCUGCAAAAAUAUGAAGGGAUCCGUAAUAAAUUUUUUUACUCUAUGAACGAGAUUUAGAAAAAAGAAAGUCAGAUAAAUAUUUUAUUCAAGAGAGUGUAUCAUUUAAAAGGAAAAGAAAUCGCGAAUUUGUCAUCAGUUUCUCGUUGCCGUAUGUUUCUUUUCAAUUCUUCAAGUCAAAUUACGUAGAGGGCGAAGUUUGAUAAAACCUUGAGGCACUAUUUUUCAUGUUUCUUCUCCAUAUGACUGGUCUAGAGAAACACAACAAUUGUUUUAGAUUUUUAAAAAGAGAUUUCUAUGUUUGAAAGUCAAAAAGGUUUAAUAUUGUUUAUCUUUUUAAUCUCGCUUCUCAAGGUAACAUGUCACUCCAGUACACAGUAUGCCAAAAAUGUACAAAAAUGCGAAGGAGUAGAAAUUACGGACUCGAGAUUCCCUGUCAGUCAAGACCGACUCUUCGGCCAGCGGUUUUCGCAAAUCGCGCCAAAUCUUUUGUGGGUUAGUAAACUGGCGGGAAAUAAAGUAGCUGGUCACAUGUAGAAGGAAGCAUUAGAAGCACAUCUGCGUUGAAAGCCAUGCCUGUAACAACAAGAAACAGUGAAAGCCAAACUAAGAUCGGGUUCAGAACCAGAAAGAGUAGGAGGAGUGUUCCAGCAAAAAUCAAUGACAUCGAAAAUUUGAAACAAGCUGAAUGUCGUAGCGAGAAUCGAGCCAAUGCUCGAUCACUUGGCAAGAGAGGACAGAGUUUCUGCUCACCGGUUUCUGUCCAGCUAACAGACAUUUCAGAAAAUGUUGAAAUCAAAGAUCGGUUUAGUCCGCUUGGAAUUCCACAGAAAGAGGGUGUGACAGUGCAGCGUAAAGGACCCAUUUCUCCAAGGAAACGUCUGUUUUGCGAAGAUGAAUGUCUGAAUAAAGAAAAUUCACCACUGCCUAAAGAAAAUAAGGCAGCAACAAAUCUUGGCUCACCUUCAAAGCAGAAAAAAUGCGAACUGCGUACAGUUCCUCAGAGUGAAGAAAAUCGAAAAGAGAGCAAGUGCAGGUUGACACUCAGUAAACAAGAUGGUAAACAGUAUGGAAUGAUCCGACAGAAGCUACACGCAUCCUUGCCAGAUAAAAUGCUUUGUAGAGAAGGAGAAAUGAAUGCAAUUUGUAAUUUCAUGGAGAAAAAGCUACAAGGGAAAUCAUCUGGUAGUCUUUAUGUGUCAGGUGCUCCAGGUACAGGGAAAACUGUUAGCCUGACCAAAGCAUUAAAAACAAUGAGGGAAAAGAAAAUGGUUUUCAAAGAGGUUUGGAUUAAUUGCAUGUCACUAAAUCAGUCAACCAAUGUUUAUCAGAAAAUUGCCACAGAGGUUUCUUGUGAUUCAGGAAAAGUGAAAUGCAGGGAAAGUGAGAAAUACCUUGAAAAGUUCUUCCAGAAAUCAGGCUCAAAAAUAGUUCUUAUUCUUGAUGAAAUUGAUCAACUUGAGUCCAAAAAUCAAGAAAUUCUCUACCAGCUAUUUGAGUGGCCAUCUUUACCAAACUCUAGAUUAGUACUAGUUGGCAUUGCUAAUGCUUUGGAUCUCACUGACAGAAUCUUGCCAAGGCUGCAAUCAAGAACAAGUUGCCGACCUGAACUGUUGCAAUUUCCACCAUACAACAAGGACCAAAUAAUUGAGAUAUUACAUGAAAGGUUAAAAGAUGUAAAUGAUGGGCUGGUUGACAAAAAUACAAUUCAGUUCUGUGCAAGAAAAGUUUCUGCUGUUGCUGGUGACAUGAGAAAAGCUUUAGACAUAAUGAGGCGUUCAGUGGAGCUGGUUGAAAUUGAAUCAAGAAAACAGCAAGUUCUAAAGGCUGUCACAAAUAGCCCAUCAAAAAUAUCUACAGCAAAAAGUCCAGUUCAACAGAAAGUUACUCUUUCUCAUGUAGCCAGAGUUGUUUCAGAGGUCUAUGGUUCAGGUUUCUCAAGUAGUACUUCAAGUAAAGAAUCCCUACCUCUGCAGCAAAAAGUGUUGAUUUGCACACUACUACUUCUGCUCAAAAAUGGAAAAUGCAAAGAAGUUACUCUUCCAAAGUUGCAUUCAACAUACAGCUUAAUUUGUCAAAAGAGGCAGUUAAGUUCUGUUGUCCAAGAAGAGUUUGUUUCACUUUGUGAACUUGCAGAUGCAAGAGGGAUCAUUUCUUUAAAGCGAGGAAAAAAUAUGACAGCUACUAAGGUUUCACUGAGGUUACAAGAAGCAGAUGUUGACCACGCACUACAAGACAAAACUUUGUUAUCAUCAGUUUUAGAAGGUGGCCUACCCUACUAAUGCUUUUCCAAAAUAUUUAUAAAACUUUUACUUUUAAGUUAAUUCUUUUAAAUAUCAUUUUUAGUGAUCUUUUUUAGUUUCCAUUUUACUUUAAAGCAUUUUAGGAUUUUAUUUCUAAGGUUAUAAAUGCAUUUUAUUAUGACGUGAAAACAUGUAAAAAUGUAAAUUUGUAUAAAUGAUGUGAUAUCUGUAAGAUUGUGUUUUCAUCUAGCCUAGUUCCUGUUUUCUACUAAGCUAUUAUUCCUGUUGUCCUGCUAAGGCUGUGUUUACAUUCCACAAUCUUUUCCUGGCACCUUAAAAGGUGUGCAUAUUUUGUUUUACUAAUAUCUUGCAGUGUUCAGGCCGCAGAAAUAUUAAAUAGCAAAAAUCAGUUUCUCAAGGAGUUAAAACUCUUUACUAAGUGAACAUUCCUUUUUCUGAAUUGUAAAAGGGAUACCCUAAACACUGUAUCCAGGAUUUUGCUACUAGUUACUGGGCAGAUGUCACAGAAAUAAUGCAUUCACACAGUUUGCACUCAAAAAAUUUCAUGAUUUUCUGAUAAUCAAAGGGCUUAUGAAAUGUAAAUCAAAUGGAUAAACAACCUUCCUGGAGAAUUGUAUUUCAACAUUAAAAAACCUGUCAAAGUUCAAAGAAAAUUGUUAACAAGGUGGGUUGACACCUGAAUUUUGAUGCCUUCACGAUAUUGUGCAAAGUGGACACAGCCUUAGGUUUUAACUUGACAAGGUCAAUUACUGAUUUUAUGUAUAAAUACCAAAAACCUAAAUCUCUAAUGUAGGAAUUUACACAGGAAAAUUUAAGGAAAACAUGGUUGACACAUUUAUUGAAAAUUAAUAUGGUAGCAUCACAAAUUUCAUUUACUGAAACUUUAUGAACCAGAGUUGAAAUAUGAAAAUACUAGCUGUUCUGUUUGUUUUUUACGUCAAUAGCAGGAAGCAUUAUUUUGAAAUCAAAAUGUCUGUAACCAACAUCAGCUACUCAGUCGAAAUCACUGUAGGAGUUACUGUAAUAAUCCUGCAAAAAUCUGAAAAUGCCAAACAAACUGCCUUUUCAUGCUAGCUUGGGCUAUAACACACCUCUUACUUAGUUCCUAAAUGAAGAAAAAACAUGGAAAAUACCAAAUUAAGCACUCCGAUAUAUAUACUUUGAAAUAUUUUGAAUAGCAACUCAAAAGUAGUGCUUGCUUCUUCACCAUUCAGUAAAAUGAGUUAUACAGAGAAAAAAUAAGAAAAACUUAAGAAAAAUAUAUAAGCAAAGAAAGGAAGGAAGAAGGGGUGUAACAAGAGGCUAAGACUAUGCUUGCAAUUGGUCAUGAACUUAAGAAUGAACAGUAGGGUAGAAUUGGUUACUCUGGGUAACUUGCAGCAUGGGUUGCAAUAGACAAGCAUUGGCAGCAUGUACAACAAUAGGUGUGCUUCAUCCAAAUCAACUCUGGUCAAACUGGGUCUCACCACAAUUUAUUGUUGAAGAAAAUAUAUUUUGAAAUUCAAAGCCUUCUUAAAAAUCUAAAUCAACAACAUUCAAAAUCAGUUAAAUAAAGUUUCCCCAGUUUGGAUUCAAUGAUAUUCACAGAGGAGUAGGUCUACUGCUAACCAUUAUGAGUAAAUCAAUCAUAUUGUUUCAAUGUAUUAGUGCAGAGUAAUGGUUGUUCUACUGAAAACCUAAGAAAUAAAAUAUCAUUCUAAGUGCAACCAAGUUUCAAUUUCUACUGAUUUUAAGUAACUUAAAAAUGUGCCAGUUCAUAUAAGACAACAAAAUAAUUAUUUUACAGAAAUUAGGUUCCUACACCACAAUGAAAGAUGAAACAAUUAUAUUCUUCUCUAAUUUUUUAAGAAAUUUAGAUCAAUCAGAAAAUAUGCAUCAUGAAAAACUGGUUCUGUCUUGUGGUGUUUAGAAAUAAAAUCAGAGAGAAAGAUAAUAUAGCAAGCAUUGCGUAUAUGUGAAUUUCACAAGCUUUUUAACAGUACACAAAUGAUAAAACCUAAAUAUACCACAAGUCUUGUUGACAGCAUCACACUUCUGUAAAAAUGCUUUUGCAUUUAUCACAGUCACUGUCUUUUUAAGUCAGAUUUCUCUUUAAUUCUUGAAGCUGAACAGGAUUUGCAAACAAUAGUCAAUAAAAUUUCCAAGCUUUCUUCCUUCAACCAUAUUCCAAAAAUUACGAUAUUCACUUAAUUUUUCUUAAUGUUUAUCAUGUCCAUCAUCGAAAAACAUUUUUUCGAUAGCGAUAGCUACCAAAAAUGCGCCAAAACCAAUUCCUAGGCCAGGAAACAUUCGCCUCAAGUGCGCUCUUGGCAUCAACUCUGGGUGAUAUCUCCAAGCCUCAAAUCGCGCCCAUGGGUCUUUUCUUACAAUAUUUGAUUUAUUGCUCGAAUUUUCCAUGACUUUCAAAGAAAUUUUAGCACGUUAGUCCAAGCUCAGGCUGGUUUGAUAUGCUUUUUACUGAAAAAUCUCCAGCCAAGUUGGAUUGGUAUCCAACU